AUGCUGGUAAACGUCGUCUUGGUGGUAUAUGCGCUUCUGUGCUGGUCACAAGUGUGUGGUGGCAAGUCAACGUCGUUCUGGAAGCAGAUGGAUGCCAUCGACGCUCUACACGAACCAAGUAUCACGCACCACCAUCACGGUUCGUCGUUGGAUCGACGCGCGCUGACGGCUUCGCAUCCGGGCUCGUCUUCGAUCAAGUGCACACAUCCGGUGGCGCGCGUUUCGUUCUACGCGCUUACCUCGUCGGAACGCGCUGCAUGGGUGCACUCGUUCACGCAACUGCACACGCUGCGCAACAAGUCGAUCUUCGUGCGCGGCGGGACGUUUAUGGACGACCUGACCAUGGUGCAUAUUGGGUUGCAGGAAGAGAUGCACUUCAACGCAUGUUUCCUCGUCUGCCAUACGGCGUUUUUGCGCGCGUUUUAUUCGUUGAUGCGAGUCGUUGGCUAUCGAGGUCGCGAGGCGUACUGGGACAUCGAGCACGAUUGGAAGCACGGCAUGUCACGUUCGCCCAUGUGGACGUAUCUCGGUGAUGACGCGCAUGGUAAAGCGAUUGCUUCCGGUCCGUUCCGUGGUCUAACUUGCGGCGUUCUACCCAACACGAAACGUCCGGGCUACUCGCUCAUCAAGCCGCACUAUGUCACACGCCACUUCAACGCCAACUGGAACCAAAACCCGCUCUCGCGUGGCGACAUGUACUCAUCCCAUUACAACACCUCGCUCUACCACCACAUGCUCACGUCGCCCAAUUACACCUCGCUCCGUCGACUGCUGGAGACCUCGCUUCAUGCUUGGACGCACCAAUCCAUCGGCGGCGAAAUGUGGCUGUACAGCUCGCCCUGUGAACCUGCCUUCUGGCUCCUCCACGCCGAAGUCGAUCGCUGCUGGCGAAGCUGGCAAGCCACCCACCACUCCUGGUUCGACUACCAAGGCCAUAGACGCAUCAGAAACCACGACGGCUCCUCGCAGCUCAAAACCGCCUCGCUCGAUGAUACCAUCGACCUCUACGGCUUGUUCGAAAAGGUCAAGGUCAGAGAUGUCAUGCAUCCCAGAAGGGGGAUCAUGUGUUUCAGAUACGAUCGUUUGUUGGGUGGUGCCCCUGAUAACAGCUCGUAG